UUGUAGCCCGAUAGCCGGCUGUACAGGUUGUAGUGAGAACCUGUAAUGUAUUUACUAUUUAGUAUUAUCUAAAUUAUGUUUGUUUAUUGAUUGUUCAUGAUUAGUGAGUACGUUUAACUUUGUCACAUUACACUUACACUGUGUACGGUCGUAGGGAACGCGUCGCGGAUUAUCGUUACGAUAUUGAAUGUUGUAGGUCUGGACUAUUGUACUCUUACUUGAUCGUCCAUUUAGGUGGUUUCAAUAAUGGCUCCGACUGUUCAAAACAAUGCAACUCAAGAAAAAAGGCCGAUUCGACCAGUGGAAAAAAGGUCGGAUUUAGUAUGUAAAGUGAAAUAUUGCAAUAUGCUUCCAGACAUCCCGUUUGAUUUAAAGUUCCUCUCGUAUCCAUUUGAUGGUACAAGAUUUAUACAAUAUAAUCCAACAUCUUUAGAGAGGUCAUAUAAAUUUGAAAUACUCGCCGAUCAUGAUUUAGGACUCAACAUUGACUUGGUUAAUAAAGAUAAGUAUACAAUAGACUAUAAUGCACAAAUGGAUAUUGCUGAUGAAAAACUUUUGGAGGAAGAUAUUUUAGCUCCACAAGAUUCUAAAAGAUCUAGACAUCACGCCAGAAGUGUAUCGUGGUUACGGCGUACCGAAUACAUUUCUACAGAGCAAACCAGGUUUCAACCACAAACAAUUGAAAAAGUUGAGGCUAAAGUUGGGUUCAGUAUCAAAAAGAACUUUAAGGAAGAAACUCUUUAUAUGGAUAGAGACAGUCAAAUGAAAGCAAUUGAAAAAACAUUUGAAGACAAUAAAAAACCAGUUGAAAAACAUUACAGCAAGCCAAAUGUUCAUGCUGUUGAAACUUUAAAUGUUUUUCCAGAUUUCAAAAAUUGGAGAUAUCCUUGUGCUCAAGUUAUCUUUGACUCUGAUCCAGCUCCAAUGGGUCGGCCUGUUCCAGCACAAAUAGAAGAAAUGUCUCAAGCUAUGAUUAGAGGUGUCAUGGAUGAAAGUGGUGAACAGUUUGUAGCUUACUUUUUACCAUCUGAAGAAACGAUAAUUAAACGUCGUGAAGAUGCUGCUGAAUCACGUCCAUAUGAUGACGAUUAUGAAUACGAAUACAAAAUGGCUAGAGAAUACAACUGGAAUGUUAAAAGCAAGAGUAGUAAAGGAUACGAGGAAAAUUAUUUUCUUAUCGUUCAACCAGAUGGAGUAUUUUAUAAUGAAUUGGAAACAAGAGUUCGUUUAAGCAAGAGACGACAAAAAAUUGGUAUACAGAGUAGUAGUACUAAUACCAGAUUGAUAGUACGUCAUGUUCCAAUCAAUGAACAAGAAUUCAGUGUUCACAAAUUUAGAGAAAAACAGUUGCAGCCAUACGAUGAAGAAGAAGAAGCUAAAGCUGAAGAAGCAGCUAAAAAAGCAAUGCAAGCUGCAAAAGAAAGUGCAAAGGAAAUUACAACUAAAAAUAAAGCAGACAGUGAUGAUGAUGAUGAUGAUAAUGAUUCUAGAAAAGGUGAUUCUAAAAAGAAUGAUUCAGAUAGUGAUGCUUCUGAUGAUGAUGAAGUUACAACUAACUCUAAGCGUGCUAACAGUGAAACAGUUGAUAGUGACAAAGAAAAAAAGAAAAGUCAACGAGCUUCUAGUGAAGUCAAUUCUGAUAGUGACGCUAGUAUUAAGAAACCCAAUAAUCGUAAAGUUAGUUCUGGAAGUGAUGAUAGUGAUAAAUCUGAUGAAGAAGAUAAUAUCAAAAGAAAAGAUUCAUCUCAAAGUGGUGACAGUGAAGAAGAACGUAAAGUUAAACGCGUGUCUAGUGAAGCUAGAUCAGAUAGUGAUAAUAGUGAUGUUGAAAUGAGAAGUAAAAAAAGCUCAGAACAUGGAGCCAGUGAAGUCAAUUCAGAUUCUUCAGUCUCUGAUAAUAGUGAACAAGAAAGCAACAGAGGUUCAGAUAGUGAUGAAUAAUGAUAAUAAUAUUUAAUAUUAUAGAAUUUAUGAAUUUAUGUUAUCUCUUGAACCAUACAUCAUACAAAACCAUACCUGUAGACAAUUUAUAUAAAUGUAUAUAUUUUAUAUAUAAUACAUGAAUAUUUCAUGAUGACUAUUUUGACAUGUUGCUGAACUGGUAGAGCUGUAACUUUAAAUACUACAUUUUUAUUAUUUCUUAUGAAAACGAUCUAAUCGAAUUAAAUUAGUGUCACUGGAUGACCCAUUCAUUUCAAGUUAACAACCAAUGUAUCCUUUACUAUAGUUAUACAUAUUACGUGUAUAUUAUUGUUGUAUUUCUUUGUACAAAUAUUUGUAAAUAUUCAUUUUUUAUACAAAAAUAAAUAAUAAAUAAAUCAAAAGUUAUUUUUAUUAGGUUA